CGUCUUAUUUGCGGUCUUUUUCCCCGUCAGAAUGACUAAUAGUUGCUGUGUUGCGGGUUGUCAAACAAGGAAGAGUUCGGAGCCGCGUUUGAAGUUCUUCAUUCUUCCUCGUGAGAAGAAAAGGAGAAACAAAUGGCUGAAAGCAAUUAAUCGAGGAACAGUAAAAGAAGACUGUACCGUGGACUAUGCUCGCCUGUUGGAACCGAAAUCCAAGCACAUUUACGUUUGCAGCCGACAUUUUAUUACUGUCACCACCUGAGUUCGGGCUACCUGAAAGCCAAGCAAUACAUGGAUGAGGAGGGCUACGACAAAAUUAUCAGCGAAUGCACUAAGGAGGUGGACUCGGAGGGCCGCUACAUGGCUGAGGCGCUGCUCCUGCGCGCCACCUUUCACCUGUUGACUCGCAACGAAGUGGACGCUGGUGUCGACUUGGACCGCAUCCUCAAUAUGCAGGAAGCCAACGUCAAGCUGCGUGCCAACGCUCUCAUCAAGCGUGGGAGCCUAUACAACCAGACUCACGAACGCUUGCUUUCCAGAAAGCACUUCAACAUGGCAGCAGAGAUCGACGCAUGCAAUCCCGAUGUGUACCAUCACAGGGGGCAGCGGGAAGUGCGACAAGCAGGUGAUCCUCACGCUAUUGUUGGAAAAGCGCUCGCACGACCCUGUCCUGGAUUCCCACCCACACCUGGUGACGUUCAUCUCAAUGUCCUCAGCGGCCACCGGCAAGAGGGGCUUUUCUGUUUCAGCGCUGCGGGACGUCAACGGUUCCACGAGUGUCCAAGACAAUGAGUGAGUGACACUUUUUAAUUUUUUUUUUUAAUCAUUGCCUUGGUCCUACUUGAGGAUGUACACAUGUCCUGGUUGUGAUUAUAAAUGGAGUAUUGUUACCAUUAGGCUCAGGUGACAGUCAUUAAAUGGUAUUAAAACACUAAGGGGCUGUGAGAUCUCAAUAGAACCGUUAUGUGGCAAGAUAACAAAUAUUAAUAAAGUUAAAAAAAUACAUAAAUGAGCAAUUAUCGAAAAUAGAUCGAAAAUUACGAACAUUUACGAAAGUAUUCCGGAAACAGCCGAAUGGGGCGGAGACGUCAUAACAAGGUAACGAAAGUUUGAGGCAGGUGCAAUCGUUGUUUAUCGACGAGAGAGUUGCGUUCGUGUUUUAUCAAAAAAAUCGCUAAAAUGGUUCAAACCUGUCAUGCUAUGUGGUCUACAAAUAGCCAUUUGUCGCAAUGUAGUACCCAUGAGUUCCCAAACAAGAGAAAAAGAGCUGGACUACGCAGACAAUGAGUAAAGUUCGUCCGUGCUAAGAGGGCUAAUUUUGCAGACCCAGCCUCCGGCACGGUUUUGUGUAAUGCACAUUUUACACCAGAAAGCUAUUCGAACUAUGUACAAAUGAAAUCAGGUUUUGCUAAGAAAUUGCUGAUGAAAGCAGCAUACACGCACAGCCACCUAAAUGUCCCGAGAUAUCAAGAAAGAGGACGACUGGCUCUGAUGAGACCACCCCAGGCUAACCAAAGGAGCGGAGCAGCCAAGCUCGAAAUGGCCAGAGUGAGUACUCUUUUAUAAUAAAAACAUAUCAGGCAUUGGAUAUAGGACUGGACAUAUGAAUAAAUUUUUGCUCGUAAAAUAUAUAGAACAAAUCCUCGAAUCCCAUUCAUAUUUCUGUCUCUUGGCAGAGCGAUAACCUAUGAUAGCACAAUAAAUGAUAAUUAUUCUAUACAUUACAUUAUUUUACGGUCACGGUGUAUCAGCUUCACAAAAAGAAAUGCAAAACAAACUAUUCGGCGUUUCCCACACGAUGUUGCUGGUGUUUCAUCAGUGUGAUUGUUCCCCUCAACGAUCCUUUCAUUAGGCUGCAUUGGCUUUCGUUUGGGCUCAAAUUGAUAACCCAAAACACCAAAGAAAGGUUCAUAACUCUGCUCGUCACCAUUAGGAGAAUGUUCGUUACGUCGGAUUGGUCGCUGCAACUAGAAACAAAAUUGUCCGCCAUCAUCGCCGCCAUUCAGUACUAAGCACUGAGCUGGUUUUUUCCUUGUAGUGACGUCACGCACACAAUAUGCUAGAUUUCCGGGAUCUUGGGGGCGGGUCCUUUUAGCUUGACAAUCGAUCCAAAUUUCUAUCAUUUUCUUGGUGGUGUAAUGUGUGUAAUUACUAGCAGUGCAACGGUUCGCGGUUCAAAACCGAACCGAACGGUUCGCCCUGUUCAGUUCAAUACGCCUUUAAGAACCGCGCCUUUUUGGUUUUGCAAUUACAGUAACUUAUUCCGAACGCUUGUGGAAUGAAUUGGCCAAACUCUCUGUGCCUGUGUGUGACGUGAAGCGCAGCUGUGGAGAAAUUCCCGCCCCGCGAGUCAGUGUCCAAUCGCUGUCAAGCACCUGUGUAAUAGGAGCCGAGUAACGCCCUCUCUCGCUUACGAGCGAGGUGAAAGUGAAACAAGAAAGAAAACAAAAAAAGUUAUGGCGAGCGGAGGAGUGGACAGACCGAAUUUUGAGGAAGCACCGGCUUCUUUCAAAUCUGCGGUGUGGCAACAUUUCGGUUUCCCCGUGGACUACAAUGCCAGACUACAAUGGAGAGAAAAUAUUGAAAAAAACAUAAAAUUUGCAAGCAUUGCUCAGCGCUUGUUCCCUAUGCUAACGGCAAGACUUUUAACAUGACCCAGCAGUCAGCACUUCAGCCGGUGCAUCACCCAAAGACAUCGCUUUCUCAAAGCAGGACAACCCCGAAGAUGACACCAGUGAAAACACACGGGUCUAUAGAAGAGGCGUUCCAAAAGCCUUACAAUAUCAGGUCAGAAAAACACAAGAAAAUAACCCACGCAGUGGGGAUUUGCAUUGCAAAAGACAUGCAACCAUAUUCCGCGGUUGAAGAUGCGGGCUUCGUUAAUUUAAUUGCAACGCUUGACCCGCGUUAUAUUGUUCCCUCGCGGACAUAUUUCGGCCACAACAUAAUCCCCGACAUUUAAGAAAUGGCACGCAAAGCCAUUGAAGAUGAUUUCACGAAAGCACAUAGUUUCGCCCUGACCGCUGAUAGCUGGACGUCCCGUGCUACAGAGUGCUACUACCUAACUGUGACGGUCCACUAUAAUUCAUACCUGUCAAGUUGUACGGUCUCGUCGUCAUUUGUACAAGUGAGCACUGGUUUUUAAAUGUGUACGCCGUCCGUUACGUUCAAAAUCUGCACGUUUUUCGUGCAUUGCGUUUUUGUUUUUUUUCAUCCGUUCGGAUUUGGUCACCGUUUCUGCAAGGAGCUAAUGUUCGUUAAUACUUGAAUGACACGAGAAAAGUCAGACACGGAGAGGGAAGAGUGUUUGUUGAGACGCUGUAGCAGACGCGAUGCUAGGCUAGGUGGCUCCAAUUUCCUGACCGUGGCCGACAUCAUACAAUCUACGCCUAGAUAUAUCAUGCAUAUAGAACUACAAGCGAAAUGACACUCGGUAGCGUUAGUAAAGAGCCGCCAUUUUAGAGCAGUAUACUUCUCAGAAAGGCUCUGUUGUAGUAAACCUUAGCAACUUUUUAUCCAAAAUACUCCUAAAUCGGCAAAAUCUUGACUUUAGUCUAUCUUUAAAGGAUGAAACAGUAAUAAAAUUUUCACAUGUCAAAAGUAGACGGAAGGGAACUAAGGCAAAAACGGGAGCAAUUUUAUCAACUUUAUCGGUUGAUUCCCAACAUUAAAUGACCUCCAAACAUAGCAAAGGUUACUAUGCUUUUUUUUUUUUUUUUUUUUUU